AUGAAAAAACAAUGCAUUAAGUUAAUUAUUCUUCUCGCAUUAGUCUUAUGUGCUAAAUCAGACGAUGCACAGGGGAAUUCGAACUUGAGCACUUUGAUUCUUGAUCACAUUUGUCCAUUAAUAAAAUGUAUUGCUCAAAAUUGUGCAAAUGGCUUUAUUGUGAAUAAAUAUGGCUGCACAACAUGUGAAUGUAAUCCAUGUAAAUUCGGGCAACCUCUCUUUCAAUAUCCCUGUGGAAAAGGUCAAGGUAAAUGUGCAGCAAAUAAAGGUCUGUGUAAAGUGAGCCAAUUUGAUUAUGCAUACUGUUGCCCUAAUGAGCAUGCUGGCUGCUGUCCACCUGUGCCAAAUCUUAUCAAUUUCUUGUGCCCAAUGCCCAAUUGCAAGAAUGAUACUCAAUGUGGAGUGGGACAAAAAUGUUGUCGACCAUGUUCAAGAUGCAUCAAUGCUACUCUUACAUAA